AUGCCCAGCUCAGUCUGUAACUUUCCUUCUUUUGACAGGCUGAAUAACCCGUUCUUGCUGCAAACAAACAGGCUGCAGCCAAAGGUGUCCCCGUCUGCAAUAUCGGGCCCUGCACAUCUCUUUAGGCUUGCUGGCAAGUGUUUCAGUUUUGUGGAAUCCACGUACAAAUAUGAGUUCUGUCCUUUCCAUAAUGUCACUCAGCAUGAGCAGACUUUUCGAUGGAAUGCCUAUAGUGGGAUUUUAGGAAUCUGGCAUGAAUGGGAAAUUGACAACAACACAUUUGUUGGAAUGUGGAUGAGGGAAGGAGACUCAUGUGAAACUAAGAGCAGACAGACAAAGGUUCAUCUUGUUUGUGGAAAGAGCAAUAAAUUGGCUUAUGUGUCUGAGCCGAGUACUUGUGUUUACUCUCUGACAUUUGAGACUCCUCUCGUGUGCCAUCCCCACUCUCUUUUAGUUUAUCCGACUCUGCCUGAAGCAUUACAAAGGAAGUGGGAUGAAGCAGAGCAGCUUCUGUAUGAUGAACUAAUAACUGACCAGGGAUAUAAAAAAAUACUGAAAGAGAUUUUUGAAGAAGCAGGACUUCUAAAAGCAACAGAAGAAAAGGAAGUUGAGAAACAGAAUAAGAAAAUAAAUCUGGAAUUUGAAACAGUGGAGAAGUGCAGUAAGGAAUACAAGCAACUUUCUAAAGAAAUAAAAAAACUUAAAGAUUUAUUAAGUCAGCACGGUAUUGCAUACAAAGGAAAUUCUGCUGAAAAUACCAGUGUUGAAUAUGUAAGUCACAAACUGGCAACUGCAGUGACAACUGUUCUUAAUGGGUCAAAGGAUGAUGAGCACCUGCACGGCGAUACAGGGAUUUGGAAUGACACUGUAUGAAGAAACUUGGGGGGUAAACA